AUGGCUGGUCAAGGUUGGGGCGAUGUGGUGGAAGAAGCCCAUCAAGCCCAUCCGCCCGCGCCAGGCCCCCCCGCGCCAUACAUGCACCCCGCUGGCGGGCCUUCCGCUCCGGGGGGACCCCGCGGACAGGGACCAAUUCUACGGCAGCCGAUCACGUCGUACGUCCCACCCCACUUGCGCGGCCGCGGGCCAGUCGGCGGGGGAGAUUUUCCGCAGCCUCCGGGUAUGCCGGGGAUGGGCCCACCGGGAGCUCCCGGCCCUGCGCCGGUAGUUUCCUGGAAUGCGCCGGCGGGGGGAGCUGGCGGAUCGUGGGCGGAUCAGGCAGGCGCGACGGGUCCAGCAUACGGGGGACCUCCGCCAGGCGGCGCAUGGAACGGCGGAGCUUCAGGCGGAGGCGGCUGGGGUGGCGGAGGAUACGGCGGAGGGGGCGGAGGCGCCUGGCAAGGGGGGGGUGCCGGAGGCGGGUACGGCGGCGGCCGAGGGGGAUACGGCGGCGGGAGACGGGGCGGCGGCGGUGGCGGCGGCGGAGGGCCACUGGGAGGGUUUAGCGGGUCAGGCGGCGGGCGGGAGGAGGAUCCGUUUUCGACGCAGACGAAGAAGGACUCAGAGGCGGUGUUUGAGAACCACCAGAACACGGGCAUUAACUUCGACGCGUACGAGGAUAUCCCCGUCGAAACCAGCGGCGACAAUGUCCCCCCCGCCAUCACUGCUUUCGACGGAUCGGGGCUCCAGCCCGCGGUGAUGGAGAAUGUGAAGCGCUGCAACUACUCCAACCCCACGCCAGUGCAGCGGCACGCCAUCCCCAUCUCGCUCGCGGGGCGCGACCUGAUGGCGUGCGCGCAGACGGGGUCCGGCAAGACGGCCGCGUUCUGCCUGCCCAUCAUCUCCGGCAUCCUCGCCGCCGGGCCGCCGCCCGACCGCCCCCGCUUCGGCCGCAAAGCGUUCCCGCUCGCGCUGAUUCUGUCGCCCACGCGCGAGCUCACGAGCCAGCCUUGGCUGAAUCACCUGCACUCCUCGCCUCCUCCUGUUCUUGGUGCCCUUCCCUUCCGCUAUCCACGCUACGACUCCCGCCUCUCCCUCCGCGAGUCCGCCAUCCGCCAUGCUUUGUUCCGUUUCCCUGUCUUAUCGCCUCCCCGACUCCUCUGCGCUCUAGGCUCGUUCCCUCCUUCGUGCUUUCUCUCCCUCCCCCCCUCCCCUCCUCGCCCCUCGCCCCUCGCCCCUCGCUCCGCUCCCCUCGCCCCUCCCCGCUCGCCCCACCCCCCUCGCCCCUCAACCCUCUCCCCUCCCCCCCUCGUUUCCCGUUCCUCAUCCGCUCGUCCGCUUCCUCCCCCCCUCCACCUGCGCCCCCUGCGCCCCUCCGCGCAGAUCCACGCGGAGGCCUGCAAGUUCGCCUACAAGACCGGCCUGCGAGCCGUCGUCAUCCACGCGGAGGCCUGCAAGUUUGCUUACAAGACUGGCCUGCGCGCAGUCGUUGUUUAUGGCGGUGCCCCUGCCGGCCAGCAGAUGCGGGAGCUGGAGAGGGGAGUUGAGAUCCUUGUCGCCACGCCUGGAAGGCUGUGCGACAUGCUGGAGCGAGGAAAGGUAUCCCUCACCAUGGUGCGCUACCUUGCUCUCGACGAGGCCGAUCGCAUGUUGGACAUGGGCUUCGAGCCGCAGAUCCGGCGCAUCGUGGAGCAGGAAGGCAUGCCGCGCGCGGGCGAGCGCCAGACGCUCAUGUUCUCGGCCACGUUCCCCAAGGAGAUCCAGCGCCUGGCCGCCGACUUCCUGGCCAACUACGUGUUCCUCACGGUGGGGCGCGUGGGGUCGUCCACGGAUCUCAUUCAGCAGCGCGUGGAGUAUGUGCCCGAGCAUGACAAGCGGUCGGUGCUCAUGGAUCUAAUCCACGCGCACCACACCUCCAACGGCGCUACUGGCAACGCGUCCCCACUCGUCUCACCAACCCCCUCCUCCCCACCACCUUUUCUCCUUCUCCCCCCACCCCAACCACCCGCACCACAGGGCGGGCUCAAGCUGGUGUUGGUGGAGACCAAGAAGGGGGCCAACUCUCUCGAGGACUGGCUGUGCUGUGCUGUGCUGCAACGGCUUCCCCGCCACCUCCAUCCACGGCGACCAACCACCACCUUUCCCCCCCUUCCCCCCCCCCCACACACUCCCCUCCCACCACAGGGCGGGCUCACACUGGUGUUUGUGGAGACCAAGAAGGGAGCGGACUCGCUGGAGGACUGGCUGUGCCGCAACGGCUUCCCCGCCACGUCCAUCCACGGCGACCGCUCGCAGCAGGAGCGCGAGUCGGCUCUGCGCUCCUUCCGCUCCGGCCGCACGCCCAUCCUCGUCGCCACCGACGUGGCUGCGCGCGGCCUCGACAUCCCGCACGUGAGCCACGUCAUCAACUACGACCUGCCCUCCGACAUCGAUGACUACGUGCAUCGCAUCGGGCGUACCGGGCGCGCGGGGAAGACUGGUUUAGCCACGGCGUUUUUCUGUGACAAGGAUACGAACCUGGCGCGGUCGCUGAUAGAGUUGAUGAGUGAGGCAAAUCAGGAGGUGCCCGGGUGGUUGCAGAACUUCGCGUCGCGGUCGGGGUAUGGUGGUGGUGGGAAGGGCAGACGAGGCGGCGGUGGAAACCGGUUCGGAGGGAGGGAUUUCAGGAAGGAGCGCGGGGGAGGGGGAGGGGGGUAUGGCGGGGGUGGGUAUGGCGGUGGGGGGUAUGGCGGCGGGGGAGGGUAUGGGGGCGGGUAUGGGGGAGGAGGGGGGUACGGUGGUGGUGGUUAUGGCGGCGGUGGUGGCGGGUACAGCAACGCUCCUCCAAGCGCCUGGGAUUAG